AGACUGUCGUAUAUGUUUCUUACAUCAGAGAACGUACGACAUUCUUACAAACCGAUAGAGCCCUUCCAAUAAAAGGAGCUGUAUCGUGGACCACAAGUGUUCCCUUCCCGAGAAGGAUUUAGAAUAGGCCACUACAACAACGUACUGUUGUCCACACAUUAAGAAUUAUUGUUCACUGAGAACUGAACGUGGACUUUUGGAAAAGCCAAGGAUGGAGAAGUUUGAGUUAGCGCUCACGAGUGGCUUUCUUUUGAUGACAUUGCUGGUCCUACCUCUGGUCUGUGGCAGAAGUCUGGAAACAUCACAGAUUGGCCUGCUUGCAGAUACAGCCUCACCACUCCCAAGGGAAAAUGAUACAAUUGUAGCCACAGACAUGGUAAAGAGUGAUACAAAUGCAGCCAAUGUAGCCACAGAGAAUGACACAACUGUAGCCACAGACGUGGUAGAGAAUGAUACAACUGUAGCCACAGGCGUGGUAGAGAAUGAUACAACUGGAACCACUGACGUUGGACAGAAUGACACAACAACCAUUGUCGGAGAGAAGCUAGACAAAAAUGCCCCAGCACCAGAACAGCUAGAAGAACCUACAGAACAGGUUGCAGAGAACACUACGUCUUGUACCCUAAAAGAACCUGUGAAACCCAUAGAGAAAAACACUACGUCUGUACCAGAAGAAUAUAGAGAACCGAAAGAGAAGAACAUAACUGUAUACGAACUGUGUGUGGAUCAAGUAAUCGACCCCUCCCUGACCCACUUUUCUCUGGUCAGCCCCAAGUUUGGGCGAGAAGGCUACCAACGAUUUGAGCGUUGCUCACUCACCUAUGGAGACACGGCAGUGCCUUUGGUCCUGCGCAUGAACUUUCGGGUCUUUGACAUUGCAGGUCAUGUGACGUGCGGAAGUGGCCUAGUGAGAAUCAACUACGCCAUACUAUGCGACAGUUGGCCAAUGGGAAAGGAGCUAGACUUUCUGGUCAAACCAGCCGGUCAAUUCUACCUUUUCUUCGACUCUAAGUACGGGCAGAGACAGGCUGGCUUCAGUAUCGAGGUGACCGUACUACCGUAUUCGCCCGGGCAGAUCAUCUACGAGUACAACGGAGUGGGAGAUCGAUUCUGGGAUACUUUCUAUGAAGCAAAGUGUGAUGAUCGAUGCUAUCUUUCCCUCAAGUCGACUACAACUACGACUACACCGGAGAUAACCAGCGGAACUACUGAUGCCAUCUCCACCAAAACCACCAUCGUUAUUAGCAGUACUGACGACAGCAACAACACCUUCAGUACCAAAAGCGAGAACAGUGAUAAUGGCAACAACACUAUCACCAUCGCAACAACCACAACAACAGAACCACAUGAGCAGCAACAACAAUAACCACAAACAAAUAAGACAACAAAAAAGAAUAGCAGUAAUAACAACAUGGCUGCUGCCACCACUACUUGAUGAUGAUGAUGAUGAUGAUGAUGAUGAUGAUGAUGAUGAUGAUGAUGAUGAUGAUGAUGAUGAUGAUGAUGAUGAAUAGCAGCACACUUGCCUGAUGAGCCAGUUCAUGGGCCACCACCUCCGUUACUCUCUCCUUGUUGUUUUCGUUUGAAACGUCUUCGUUGAACAGCAUGUCACUUUGUCUAUGGGCAGGAAAACACAAACGUCCAGUUAUGUACACCCUCUUACCACACAAAAUACGGAUGGGAAAACACAAACAUCCAGUUAUGUACACCCUCUUACCACACAAAAUACGGAUGGGAAAACACAAACGUCCAUUUACACCCUGUUACCGCACUGAAUACAGACGAGGAAAUACAGACAUCCAGUCCCACCCUUUUUCUGUACAUAAUACAGACGAGGAAACAGACAUCCAGUAACACCCUUUUACCACACAAAACACAGGCAGGAAGACGCGAAAUCUAUGUAGACGUGUUCAAGCGUAUCUGGGCCCAUUUUGUAUUUUUUGCUAUUCAAGCUUCACCCGUUUAUCAAAUCUUAAAGUGCAACAGACAGACUGGUAAAAUUCUAUACGUCAAAGAUGAAAUUCUAAUCUAAAAUCGAUUGGAUUUGCAUUUUGGAAAUGUUAUUGAAUUUCUUCUUAAAAUCUAUUACAAAAGUUUUAUAACCUGGAGACUAUUAAAUACCUACUUUGAACUCGAA